UUUAGUUGUUUCUUCGUCCUUGAAAAUUUGAUGCGGAAAGCACAGAAUUACGAGUAUACAAGUUACAACCCAGGCGAAGCCACAGUCGAAUUCUCCGAUACCAAAUUUUAAUACCAGAAACCCUCUUAAGCUGAGUUACCCUUCAAUUCAUUCAGUUUUUUUCCCUCUCCAUCUCUGUGUAUCUGAUCUGGGAAAAAAUGGCACCAGUGUCAGCUUUGGCAAAAUACAAGCUGGUUUUCUUAGGGGACCAGUCAGUGGGCAAAACCAGCAUCAUCACCCGCUUCAUGUACGACAAAUUCGACAACACCUAUCAGGCUACAAUUGGUAUUGACUUUUUAUCAAAAACUAUGUAUCUUGAAGAUCGAACUAUUCGACUGCAGUUAUGGGAUACAGCUGGACAGGAAAGAUUUAGAAGUCUCAUUCCAAGCUACAUUAGGGAUUCUUCUGUUGCAGUAAUUGUAUACGAUGUUGCAAGCAGACAAACUUUCCUAAACACUUCAAAGUGGAUUGAUGAGGUGCGUACUGAGAGGGGAAGUGAUGUUAUUAUUGUUCUGGUUGGAAACAAAACCGACCUCGUUGACAAGAGGCAAGUCUCUGUAGAGGAAGGAGAAGCUAAGGGUCGCGACCUCAAUGUCAUGUUCAUUGAAACUAGUGCAAAAGCUGGUUUUAAUAUAAAGGCACUGUUUAGGAAAAUUGCUGCAGCUUUACCAGGAAUGGAAACACUGUCAUCAACAAAGCAAGAAGACAUGGUUGAUGUGAAUCUGAAGUCUACGGGCGGCAGUGCAUCACAGUCGCAAGCUCAGUCUGGAUGCUCUUGUUAAUGCAGCCUUUGCCAUGAAUGUUUUGCGUGCUCAUGCUUUGUACUUUGCUCUUUGAUUUUGCAGCCUGAUCUGUAAAGGUUUCAUUUAUUAUUUCGCAUUUAUUUGGAAGUAUUUGUCAUAGGUAUAAAUAUUACUGGUUUGCUUGACAAAAAUCAUAAAACCCUCAUAGAUACACAUGUAGCUGGAAGAGACUUUAGGGGUGUAAAAAGAACGUGAUUGGGGAUUUUGUUGUUUCAGUUACAUAAUAAUUUUGCUACCUGCAUUUCGUUGAUGCA